AGGUGCUUUUCACAGAGAAGAAAGGAGAGAGAGAAAGGACGCGUCCAUAUCAUUUUAGGUGGGCAAUGGGGAAAGGCUUUCAGUUGUGAAGUGUGUUGUACUGUCGAGAAGAUAAAGCAAUAGCAAUGGCUGCUAAUCGGCUACAGAUCCAAGGGGACGAUUCCGUGCUAUUGCGUGUUACCCACUCCAACCUCAAGACCUUCUCCGCUGACAUUCGCUUCUCACUUCAGUCCACGGUGGAUUCCGUCAAAGAAAAGCUCUGGAAAAAAUGUGGGACUUCUGUUAAUUCAAUGUGCCUUGAGCUUUAUGACGAUACCAACACCAAAAUUUCCGACUUGUCUGACAAUUCCAGGCCUCUUGGUUUUUAUUCUCCGCUUAAUGGGUAUCGCUUACAUAUUAUAGAUCUUGACCCUUCAUCAGUAACGUCUGGUGGUUGGCUGGAAGACACUUCACUGGUGGAGAAAUACUCGAUUUCAGAAGAAGCUUAUGAGAAACGUGAUGGCACUUUUAGAAAAUUUAAGGGAAGAUUGGCCUCUCAAAAUCCAUCAGCUCUUGGCAACAAGAAACCAGACAACUACAUGGAAGAUCUCUGUGCCAAUAUCAAGGUUGGAGAUAGAUGCGAAGUUGAACCGGGGGAGAAAAGAGGUGUGGUAAAAUUUGUGGGUCGGGCAGAGUCACUGGCACCUGGUUUUUGGGUUGGAGUUCAAUAUGAUGAACCAUUGGGAAAUCAUGAUGGCAUGGUGAAAGGAGUACGUUACUUUGAUUGCCCUCCUAAUCAUGGUGCAAUUGUAAGGCCAGACAAAGUAAAGGUUGGUGACUAUCCUGAACAAGAUCCCUUUGAGGUGGAUGAAAUAUAAGGUCAAGAAGAGAGCACUCCUACGCUUCCAGUUUUUACAUAAUGUUGAUAACCUUUCUGUAUGUAUGAGACAGCAAUUUCUUUAUUUGCAAUUGGUGCAGUUGAAACCUUUGGGUGAGGGAUUGAUGUGAACUUGAAAUUUUUUGAGGAAGAAUGUAGCUCUCUGGGCUCAAGUGUGCUAACAGUAGUAUGGGAGUGUUUAACAUUUAAUAUUAAAUGGAAAACGAGAAGAAAAGAAAAUCAAGAACAGAAGUGUUGAGAUCAUUUAAA